AUGCCUGCACGUAAAAAACCCACAACACAAGAAAAACGUAAACGAAACACCGAAGAGGAGGAACAAACUGUAACAUCCUUGAAUGGAGAGACUUCACAGAAGAAAACAAAGACUGUUGCUCCCAAUCAAGGCAUCAAUGGCGUCGGAGCAUAUCAGAUACCCAAGAUGAGACCUGGAAGCAUUUACAGAAUUAAAUUACAAAACUUUAUGACUUACGAUGACUGUGAGUUCUUCCCUGGUCCCGGGUUAAAUCUUGUUCUCGGACCGAACGGAACAGGUAAAAGUUCCAUUGUCAGCGCCAUUUGUGUCGGAUUAGCUGGAAGCACAAAACUGUUAGGUCGUGCAUCUAAAGUUGCAGACUACAUCAAACACGGAAAAGACAAAGCUUUUAUUGAAAUCGAGCUUUAUACGAAUGAUAGAAGAAAUCUCACCAUCAAAAGAACUUUUGUAAGGAAAGACGGUAAAGAGUCAUCAACUUGGAAAAUUAACAACAACAAAAAAUCUAUGGAACAAGUUAAGCAAAUAAUUGAUGAAUUGAAUAUUCAACUUGAUAAUUUGACACAAUUUCUUCCUCAAGAAAAAGUCAGCGAAUUUGCAGGAUUAACCCCAACAGAACGAUUGAAACAAACACAAGAGGCGGUUCUCCCUCCAGAAGUCAUUAAAUAUCAGGAAAGUUUGAUCAAAGAACAAGAGGACUUCAAAAAGAACACUCAUACAAUAGAUUCCUUGCAAUCAACAAUAGAUACGUUGAAAAAGAAAAACAGCCAAACCGAAAAGGAAGUUGAAAAGUACAAGCAAAGACAGGAAUAUCUCAAAAAAGCUGAACUUUGUUCAAUCAAGCUUCCAAUUGCAAGAUUUAAACAAAUGCAGACUAGAGGCAAAACUUUGAGAGAGGAAAUACAAAAGAAAAAGCAAGAGUAUGAAGUUCUUCAAAACAAAAAUGGUCCUCUCAAAGAUGAAAUUGACCAAUUGCAACAACAACAUCAAAAGUUAGAAAACGAGCAAAAAAAGGAUAAGGAAAAGAUUAAUACUAUGAAACCACAAUUUCAAGAAAUUACUGAAAAGAUUGAACGUUCAACGGCCAAGGUUGAACAAUUUUUACAAGAAAUUGCUUCUGCCAAGCAAAAGGAAGAGCAUAGAAAAAAUCAAAUCCAAAAAUUGGAUCGUCAAAUCGACCUAGCUCGGCAAAGAAUCACUUCUAUUGAUACUGAAUCAGCCAAAGCUAUUAGUUCACAAAAGAUGAGAGAGCUUGAGAGUACUAACGAAGAAAUGAGCAAAAUUACUGAUAGAAGAUUAGAACUUGGAAGAAUUUUGGACGGAAAGAAACAAGAUAUCGAAGAAGUUAAACAAAAAAUUCAAAAACUCGAAAAUGCCAAGCAUCAACGUUUGAAAAAGCUUGGAGAAAAAUAUCCUAAUGUUGUUAAAACUUAUGAAUGGUAUCAAAGCAAUAGGAGAGACUUCAACAAACCUGUCUACCUGGUACCUUUAGAGAUAUCAGUUUUGGACUCUCAUUAUGCAGACUAUCUCGAGAUGCAUUUACCAGAAUAUCUUUUUAGAUCAUUUGUUUGUGAGGAUUUUGACGACAGAAAUAAGCUCACUCAAUAUGUUGAGCAAUGCAAAUACAAUAUAACUAUAAUUGAUCGAACGCCAGACGUGUAUGCCCCAUUACGGUUGGUUCCUCAAGAAAGGCUAAAACAUUAUGGAAUGCUACAUUAUUUAGAUCAAACCUUUGAGGCUCCAGAUGUCAUUAAGAUGGUUUUAAAGGAUAUUGCAAGAAUUGAUACAGUUGCUGUCGGUGGUGCCAAUGCUAAAAUUGAAGCUUUUUUAACAGAAACUCCAAUUAAGUGUGCUUUCGUUCCUGGACACCAAUACCUCAUGAGGUCAUCGAUGUAUUCAGCAAAUACUUCUACCAGAGUCAUUGACGUAACCAAAGCAAGGCUGUUUAUUGCCGUUGAUUUAACUGAAAAAGAAAGUCUCAACAAGGAGCUUCAGGUUCUAGUUUCAGAGAAGCAAAAUGUUGAAAAAGAACUUAAUGAAGUGAAAGAAAAAGAACGUAAUUAUCAAACAACGAGAGAAACUUUAGAUUCGCAAAAAAAGGAAGCAGACAAGAGAGUAAAAGAACAUGAGUCCCUCCUAAAACAAGUAUCCAACUAUGAGAAGCAAAAAAGAGAUAUGCUCAAAGGUGCUGAAAAUAUUGAAGAGGUUGAAAGCAAAUGCAAUCAAAAAAUUAAGGAGGAGAAGAUUUCACAAAUCAGCAUGCACAUUCAGUUGAAAGAUUGUUGUAAGAAAUUAAUUGACUUGAUGAUCAAGAAUGACAAGCGACCACUCUCUACAUUGUCUAUCAAGAAAGAUAUCGAAGAGAAAAGAAUUCUGUUACUAGAGGCAGAACGACGUACUAAAGAGUUGGAAUCAGCUAUCAAAACGUUAGAAUCAGAGUUCAAUGCGAUCAAGAUUGCUUUGAACGAAAUUAAAGUAGAAAUGGAGGAACGUAUCAAUGUGUACGGCCAAAAACAUGGACUUGAUUCACAACAAGUACGAGAUCUGCUUACAGUUUUUCCUGAAGGUGAGGAGGAAUUGCGAACAGAAAUUCAGCUCUACCAAGAGGAGGCUGAAAAAAUUGUUGCCGAUGAAGCAUCUAUCGUUGAGUAUGAAAGAAGAAAGAAAGAAAUUGAAGAAAAAGAGAUCCAGCUUCAAAAUUUGAAAGAUAGAGUUGCCAAUAUCUCCAACACAGUGAAUGAGCUUAAAGAAAAAUGGUUAAAACCUCUCAAAACAUGUGUUGACAAGAUCAACGAAACAUUUAUGGAGUAUUGCAAACACAUUGGUAUUUCUGGUGAGGUUUGUUUAACCGGUAACGAUGAAGACUUUAGAUCUUGGGAGAUUGAUAUUAAGGUCAAGUUUAGAGACUCUGAAAAAUUGUGCUCUCUUUCUGCACAAAGACAAUCUGGAGGUGAAAGAAGCGUCACUACUAUUCUUUAUCUCCUUUCUCUUCAACAACUCAAUAAGGCUCCAUUCAGAGUAGUCGAUGAAAUCAAUCAAGGAAUGGACUCUGUAAAUGAAAGAAAGAUAUUUUACCAAAUGUUGGAUUCAAGCCAGGGAGAAGACAUUCCACAGUCUUUCUUGAUAACACCAAAAUUAUUACCUAACUUGGUGCCUAAUAACGCCAACAACAUUACCAUUUUAUUUAUUUUCAACGGACCUGUAAAUAUUUCCCAAGACCUUGUAGCCAAAUAUUUCUCCAAAUUCGACAAGUCGCUUGAGUGCAAGAAGGAACCUGGAACAGGUUCUUCAAGUACUUCGAAUCACCUUGCUAACGAUAGCGAUAGCGAUGAUGAAUAA